ACCUGGAGGUCGCCUGAGGCGGAGAGCCGGUUACCUCGGCAACCGCGGCAGGCAGUCUGUACACACCAGGCCUGGGGCGGGAGAGGGUUUCCUGCCUCCUGCGGCAAGACAGGGAUUGGGAAGUCGGAGUGGACUCUGGCUUGAAUCGGAUUGCCCCUGAAUCCAUCCCGUCUCUGUGAUAAGAAUCUCAUCUUAAACUGUAAUCAUCCCCACAUAUCAAGGGCGAGACCAGGUGGAGAUAAUUGAAUCAUGGAGGCAGUUUCCCCCUUACUGUUCUUGUGAUAAUGAGUGAAUUCUCACAAGAUGUGAUGGUUCUACAAGGGGGUUCCCCCUUCAUUCACCUCUCAUUCAGUCUCCUGCUGCGAUGUGAAGGACAUCUUUGCUUCCCCUUUUGCCAUGAUUAUGUUUCCUGAGGCCUCCCUAGCCAUGUGAAACUUCUAACUAUACUUAGAGAAGUGUGUUCACUUUUAGACACCGUAGUAAUACAAAGGACAACCAGAGCCUGUUCAAAGGAGAGAAACAUGAGUAUCUAGUGAGAGAACUAACAACUUGAACUAGGAAUAAGUUAUAAUAUUAUUAUCACUAUUUUUAAUGGAAGAUGAUUGAAAGUGAAAACCUAAACCAAGAAGAAAUAAUUGAAGAACUGUGUUUGUGCAAUGGCUUAUCUUAUGAGAUGGUUAGGCAAGAAGGAUCAGAUACAUCAAAGUUGGAAAUGUUUUUCUCAGGGUAUCCACGUAUAGUCGGAUUAUCAUUAUUUCCUAAUUUAACAAGUCUUACAAUUGUUGCUCAAGAUAUAAAAGAAAUUUCUGGAUUAGAGACUUGUUUACAACUUAAAGAACUUUGGAUUACUGAGUGCUGCAUAGAGAAAAUUGAAGGUCUUCAAGAAUGUAGAAAUUUGGAGAAACUAUAUUUAUAUUUUAAUAAAAUUUCGAAAAUAGAAAAUUUAGAGAAAUUAAUCAAAUUGAAGGUUCUUUGGCUGAACCACAAUACAAUUAAAAAUAUUGAGGGUUUGCAAACAUUGAAGAAUUUAAAAGAUCUCAACCUUGCUGGAAAUCUAAUAAACAGCAUUGGUCGAUGUCUUGACCCCAACGAACAACUGGAAAGAUUAAACCUUUCUGGUAACCAAAUAUGUUGUUUCAAGGAGCUCACGAACUUAACCAGGCUACCUUGCUUAAAGGAUUUAUGUCUGAAUGACCCUCAAUAUAAAACCAAUCCAGUUUGUCUGCUGUGUAAUUAUUCCAUACAUAUAUUAUAUCAUUUGCCUUGCCUUCAAAGAUUUGACACAUUGGAUGUGUCAGCAAAGCAAAUCAAGGAACUGGCAGAUACCACAGCAAUGAAAAAAAUAAUGUAUUACAAUAUGCGUAUAAAAACUGUUCAGAGGCAUCUUAGUGAAGACCUUGAAAAACUGAAUGAUCAAAAAUGCAAAUUACAAAAGUUGCCAGAAGAACGAAUAAAAUUAUUCAGCUUUGUGAAAAAAACCUUGGAACGAGAACUAGCUGAACUCAAGUGCUUGGGCAAAGGGCACAGUGAUGGAUCCAAUAACAGUAAAGUAACUGAUCCUGAAACAUCUAAGAGUAGUGAAACUGUCACUGGAGAACCAAGUCUUCAGCAGAAGAUAUUGACCAAACUAAAUGCCUUGAAUGAAAGGGUAACAUUCUGGAACAAAAAACUAGAUGAAAUUGAAGCAAUUUAUCAUACUGAAGUAAAACAAAAGAAGAAAAGUCAUGGCUUAUUGAUCCCACUUUUGUUAACUGAGUUAGAGACUGUGGGAAAUUUCCAUUUUGAAGAAGGCACUCAAUCUGAUGACUGGUUUAAUUUCUGCUAUGAAUUAAUUCUGUCACGUUUUUGUGCCUGGGACUUCAGAAUCUAUGGUAUUACAGGAGUAAAAGUAAAACGUGUCAUUAAAGUUAACAACCGCAUUCUGAGACUAAAAUUUGAAGAGAAAUUUCAAAAGUUUUUGGAGAAUGAAGAUAUGCAUGAUUCAGAGAGCCACCGAAGAAUGCUGGAAUGCCUUUUUUAUGUUUUUGAUCCUGAAGUUACAGUGAAGAAAGAGCAUCUGCUACAAAUACUUGAAAAAGGAUUCAAAGAAAGUGAAACCAGCAAGCUGCCUCUCAAAAAAGAAGCUGUCAUUCUUUGUAACAGUCUAAGUAUAAGUGAGUGUCCCAGAAUUGAAUUUUUACAGCAAAAGCACAAAGACGAGAAGAAACACUCUCUUAAGCGUGAGCUCUUCAGGCAUGGCAUCCUCCUCAUUACAAAAGUUUUCCUUGGCCAGAGUGUUCAAGCCCAUGAAAAAGAAUCCGUCAGUCAAUCCAACUAUCCAUUGGUUGAUUCAGUAUUCAUUCCUCAAAAAUAUUUACUAAAUUCUGUCAUGGAACAAAGAAACUGUGAUUGCAGUGCUCGGCAGUACAAGUGGUUUGUCUUUGAUCAUGACCUUGUUUUGCCAGAAUACGUUGUUGAAUUUGAGUAUAUGACAAUGGAAAGCAAAAAAAAAUCAGAAGGAUCAGUAUUUUCCAAGGAUUUGAAAUUUGAUGAUGAAGUAAUAAAAAUGGAGCCCAGGAUCAAGGCCCAACCAAAACUGAUUAGUUUAGAUGAGAAAACAAUACUUUCCCUUGCAAAGACUAGCGUUUACAGUCAUAUUGUGAGUCUGAAUCUGCAUGGAAACAGCUUGAGUAAAUUGAGAGAUCUUUCCAAGUUAACAGGACUUCGAAAACUAAACAUUAGCUUUAAUGAAUUUACCUGUUUAGAUGAUGUAUACCACUUGUAUAACCUUGAAUAUUUGGAUGCAAGCCAUAACCAUGUGAUAACUCUUGAGGGAUUUAAAGGUCUGAUGAAACUGAAGCACUUAGACUUGAGCUGGAAUCAACUGAAAAAAUCUGGUGAUGAAAUAAAUACGUUAUGCAAACAUACUGCAAGCCUUCUUACACUUAAUAUUCAACAUAAUCCAUGGCAAAAGCCAGCCACAUUGAGACGGACUGUUAUUGGCAGAUUAAAGACUCUUACCCAUUUAAAUGGAAUCUUCAUUUCUGAAGAAGAAGCAACAGCAGCUAUGAAGUUUAUUGCUGGAACAAGGAUGACUCAGUUAUCUCUCUUACGGCAUUCUAGUACUAAAGAGGAGAGACCACGGAUACUUAGUAUAUGGCCUUCUGCCAAAAUUCUGACGCAGAUUUCAAAGUUAGGAGCUCAUUUACAUCCAAAUGGAAACUGGUACUUGAAGAUAACUGCCUUAAAUUUAGAUGGACAACAUCUUUUUAAAAUCACAAAUUUAGAAAAAUUGGAAAAUUUGAAAUGGGCAUCAUUCAGCAAUAAUAAUCUCACUAAAAUGGAGGGCCUGGAAUCCUGUAUUAACCUGGAAGAGCUCAUACUAGAUGGAAACUGCAUCUCAAAGAUAGAAGGUAUUUCCAAGAUGACUAAAUUAACACGCCUCAGCAUAAAUAAUAAUCUUCUCACUGGUUUGGAACAGCAUACUUUUGAUAACAUGCUUCAUCUUCACUCCCUUUCUCUUGAGAACAACAGAAUCACUUCAUUGAGUGGUUUACAGAAAUCUUUUACUCUUGUUGAAUUAUAUAUAAGUAAUAACUAUAUUGCUGUCAAUCAGGAGAUAUAUAAUUUAAAGGGUUUAUGCAACUUGGUCAUUCUAGACACGUGUGGAAACAUUAUUGUAUGGAAUCAGGAAAACUACCGGUUGUUUGUAAUAUUUCAUCUUCCAGAACUGAAAGCUUUGGAUGGAAUACCAAUUGAACCACCAGAGGCUGAGAGUGCAAAAGAUUUGUUUGGUGGUAGACUUACUUCUGACAUGAUUGCAGAACAACAAGGACAUUCCAACUUCACCCAAAUGCAAGAACUAAAUUGGACUUCAUCAUAUAUUAGAACUGUGGAUUUGAUUCCAGUUGACCAAUUUAGAAAUGUGUGUAAUGUGAAUCUACAGAACAAUAAUCUUACCUCAUUCAGUGGAUUAAUCUAUCUACCUAAUGUGAAGGUCUUAUGCCUCAACUAUAAUCAUAUUGAAUCAAUCACACCCAGACUAAAACCUCAGACUCACUUAACCAAUAGACAACUACUGUACCAGAAAGUGCCUUCAAGUGGCUAUGGACAGCAAGGAAUUUCAAAAACAAACAGAGAUACAAUGAGCACUGAAAAUUUGCCUCCAAUAAUGCACAGUUUAGAAGUUCUUCAUUUGGGCUACAAUGGAAUUUGUAAUUUGAUCCAGCUACAACUUAACAGACUAAGAAAUUUAAAAUUCCUCUUUCUACAGGGUAAUGAAAUCAGUGAAGUUGAAGGGCUUGACAACUUAGUAGUCCUUAAGGAAUUGGUAGUGGACCAUAACCGCAUCCGAGCACUUAAUGACAGUGCUUUUGCCAAACCAAGUUCUUUGUUGGCACUUCACUUGGAAGAAAACAGACUACGAGAGCUGGGCAAAUUACAGUCUUUGGUAAAACUAGAGAAACUCUUCCUAGGAUAUAAUAAAAUCCAGGAUAUCACAGAACUGGAAAAACUUGAUGUUAUCUCUUCUCUCAGAGAGCUUACAGUGUAUGGCAAUCCAGUUUGUAGAAAAAUGCUACAUCGCCACAUGCUCAUAUUUCGACUGCCUAACUUACAGAUGUUAGAUAAAAUUCCUGUGAAUUCAGAUGAUAGGGAAAAAGCUGAAUUUCACCUCGCUGAACUACAAGCAAAGAAAAAUUCGCUUAUUCCUGUUACCAACUUUCCUAUGGAUGGCAGAUCAUUUGGCCAAGUGAAAACUCCUCCAAUAAAGAUAACAAACCUGAUUCUGCCUGGUGGAUUGAGCCAUUACAUGGGAUCUGACAUCACUUUAUCUCCUGAAGUUGAAGUUUCAGACAGAAAAAACAGGAAUGCUGGGAUUCUGACAAACAAUCCUCGGAGCAUCCAUGCAGAAAUAGCUUUUCAGCCAUCGAGAGGGAUAAGUAUCUCUACAUCUCUUUUAUCACACCAGAAUAUUGUGUCUCCAACUGCACAAAUAUACCAGAGCAACCAAGAUGAAAAAAGAAUUUCUGGGAGCAACUUUCUAAGAUCAAAUCGAAUGUAACUGCCUAUACAGAAAUGAGCAUACACCAAGAAACUUACCUCUGUUUAGUAGUUGUGAGAAAACUAGCAGACAGUGGUGAAUAGAAAACAACAACAACAAAAAAGAUAAUCAUGUUACUUAAGUUACUGAAACAGUUCAGUUCCAUAUGAAAAUAAUCACCCUUGUGAACCUGAUUUAAUAUCACCUCUCUUAAACUUUC